AUGACAAGAAAGGGCCAGCCAAAGGUUCGAACCGGCUGUCUGACCUGCAAGUCGCGCAAAGUGAAAUGCGACGAGGCAAAGCCCGCUUGCCUUCGAUGCACAAGCACCGGCCGCAAAUGCGAUGGCUACGCCGUCGUCGUCCCCAGUAACCGCGCCCUUGCCCGGGCCCGGUCACGGGCGACGAAGUUGAACGCCGCUCUGGCUCAGGCAUCGGCUGCGUGGGAGGGCGACAUGGACGAGGAGAAGAUCAUGGAGCACUUCCGACGGAAGAUUGCGCCCAUGAUACCCGGGCAUCUGGAGGGAAACCUGUGGACCGACAUCAUCCCACGCAUGAGCAGGACGGAGCCGGCGUUCCGAGAAGCGAUGGCUGCCAUCUCGACGCUCAUGCCUGGCAUGCCAGACAACGCCUCUGACGACGGCAAUGCACCUGGAGUUCCUGAACCUUACACCCGGCUUCUGGGCAUACUCGGGGGAAACACCCGCAAGCAAAAGCCCGGAGUAGACACGCAGGCAAUGAGUGGCCAGUCAAGAGCCCCUUUCAACCUAGCAGGUAUCGUCGACUCCCCAGCGAGCUCGUCGUCCACCAGUCUACCAUCGACAGGCCGCCUCUCGAACACCCCGCUCCCGGAUGGAAACAGAGCAGAGACAUCAUCAAGCUCGUUUACGCCACCUCAACCCUAUAACGACGAGGGCGAAUCAGACCCAAAGGAGAACAGCGAGGUCAAUGUCACUUUGUGUGGCUGCCUACUCUUCAUGUCCGUGGACUUCUUGCGAGAAGGACUGGGGGCGGCGAUGGAACAACUUGCCACGGGGAUAGAAGUCCUCAAUAACGUGGACUAUAGCGAGCUGUCCCGAAUGACCAUCGAGGACAUUCUCCCCAAGUUCUAUCGAUUGAGCAUCAUCCAGAUGUGCUUCUACGACAGACCUUGCUUUCCUAACCUCAACCUAAACCAUGGACCCACAUCGAGAUACAAUCUAGGUCCUUUCGACAAAAGCUUUAGUAUAUACCGACCGCAGUCCGCGAUGGACACCAUCAUCCUAGAUGCCAUCAGAUACAUCCGCUCAGCAGGCCCCGAAUCCUGGACAGAUUCACGCCUAAGGGGCCCCGUCAUGAGCGACGAACAGACUGCCAUGUGCAACGCUUUCGACAAGUGGCAUGCCGCCUUCACGGCCUUCAUCCGCGAACCACGAUUCGGAUCCGACCAACCCCUACCACCACACGCCGAGAUUAUUUGCAUGGAGACGGAGAUGAAGUACUGGGUCGCCAAAAUGUGCAUCAGCGUGUGCCGGUUCUCGGACGAGUCCGCCUACGACUCGUUCAAGACCCACUUCAGACGGAUCACAAGCCUCGCCCAGGAAAUCCUCACCAGGUGUCCAGAGCUUCCACCAGACUCGUCGCUGUACAGCUUCAACUUCGAGAUGAGCUAUCUCCCAUUGAUGGAGUUCGUCAUCUCCAAGUGUCGCUGGCUCGACAUCCGUUACCAGGCCUGGCUGAUAGUCUGCGAACUGGCCACCGGACGCAGAGAGCCGGUCACCCUUGGGAACCUGCACCUUGUUGGGCAGCGAAUGAUUGAGCAGGAGCACAACGUCAAGAUACAGGAGGUCAAUCGGGAGAACGCGCCACUGUUCUCGCUGCCGGCCGAGGAGAUGCGCGUAAAGGACUAUAGCACCGAUCAGCGGUUCGCAGAUCUAGCAGGGUCCGUCGACGGCGAUGGCUCGAACACAGUGCAAGUACCGUACACGCAGCGGUUGAUGCUCCGGUGUGGCAGCUAUGAGCUUGACGAGCUAGCAAGAUGGGUGUCUAGGGGCGCCCCCUCACAAUAG